CAGGAAGCGAGUGGCGCACGUUGGAGCAUGGCUCAGGCGCGGUCAUCUGGGAGGAGGUACCUGAGGGCCUUUGUGAGCGGCUUCUUUGUGGCUGUCCCUGUGACUGUGACUGCUCUGGACCGCUUUGCUUAUGUGGCCAGAGUAGAAGGAGCGUCCAUGCAGCCCUCUCUGAACCCGGAAGGCUCUGACAGUGACGUGGUGCUUCUGAAUCGCUGGAGUGUGAGGAACUUUCAGGUCCAACGUGGCGACAUCGUCUCCGUUGUAUCUCCUAGGAACCCACAACAGAAGAUCAUCAAGAGGGUGAUCGGCCUCGAGGGAGACUUCAUCAGAACGCUGGGGUAUAAGAAUCGAUACGUCAAAGUUCCUGAUGGACAUUUCUGGAUUGAAGGAGAUCACCAUGGACACAGUCUGGACAGCAACAGCUUUGGGCCGGUCUCUGUUGGACUUCUUCACGGUCGAGCGUCUCACAUCAUCUGGCCUCCUCAUCGAUGGCAGAGGAUCAGCCCGGCUCUGCCCCCAAACCGCGGACCCCUGGACAUCAACGAGGACCAAGAAUGACUUUUUUAUACAAACCAAAGACUGACAAGGCUCAAGUUUUCAUAAACUACUCUAGUGAAAUGACACAUUACUGAGAAAAUAUAUACGGGUACAUCAUAUAUGUUGAAUUUAUGGACAUCACGACCUCUAAACUGCCCAUAGUUUGAAAUAGAGCUUGGGAUAGAAUAUUAAAGAGGGGGUAUUUAUGAUUUUGGAGCUUUCUAUCAUGUUAUAAUGUUGUGUCAUCAUGAAAACAUGCUUGAAGAGGUUUUAUAUGCCAUCCAUACAUGUUUCAGACAUCUAGUGAUCUCUCCUGGCCUCUUUUCAAACCCUCCUCAGGAUGAGCAGUGUGAUUCUAUUCAAAGCCCCCAAGUCCACGUCUCCCAUGCUCCUCCCAACAAUUCUCCACAAAUAUAUAAAAGCAUGAUACAGAACAAUGCACUACAACUUGACAAACCUGAUGCGAGGUGCAGUCGUUUCUUUAGCGGGAUGCACACUGAUUGUGUUGUAAUACUGCUCUGAAGGGGGAGUGACUUAGCAUGAAGGGCAAAGGGAGGGAGCGUCAAAUGAAAAUUAAACCUAUUGAAAGUAUUUUCAAAACAAUACAAGGUAAAAGGUGAUCUAAACAUAUGAUGUGUUACAGUUAAAACCCCACAGAAGUGUAAUACCCUUUCUUAAAAAAAAAAAAAAAGCAACUGCAACUAUGAAAAUGUGUCAUGUUUGAAACAAUAGUGCAAAACACUAACAGAUACAUUAGCAAAAACAAUGUAGUAAACAAAGAGCCGUGGAACAUGCCAAUACACUGCUGAUCAUUACUUGACAAAUAUUUGUAUUACUAUGUAAUAAUAUCCAAAUACUUUACAUUAUCUUUAAAUGUAGUGUUAUGCGUCUUUCACUCUCCACUGGUUUGACUGAAGAGACUCUGUGUAACAUCAGCUCUUCAGAAUCUUCUUAAGGUGGACGACAGCUCAGAGUCUCAGCUGGAGUUUGCUGUGGAACUGUCACACUGUAGAUUUGUUGACUUGGUUUAUGGUUUUUAUCUUUGUAAUUACUGGAACUAAUUGAACAUCUUCUCUGCCAGGAUAAAGAAAUAACUAGAUUUUUUGUGCUAUUAAGGAAAAAAUUAUGAAUAUCGACAACAAUAUUUAUUUAUAAAGUCAUGAUUGUUGUCUUCUAUGGAGUUAUUUUCAUACUUUGCAGUGACAUCGCGCCGGGGGUGUUCUAUGUGAAUCUCUAAUGGUGGAAUAUUUAGGAGUUACCAUGGUGAUACAAUGCACACGUUAGCAAACACUGUCAAUAUACAUUUAAGAUUGUCUGAAAAAACUAAAUGGAUGUAAACCACACAUUUUCAGGAGUCUGUGAUGAAUACGAGUGUUCAUAAUCCUGAUUCAGAGUUUGAUUUUCAACAAAAAGGUGAAAAACUGAAAAUAGUUGGCUAAUGCUAGCUAUCUUGUGACUGUAGUUUUAUGUGUUUUUAUGUGUUUGACUUGUUUAACAGCACAAAUCUGCUCACCUGUUGGAGUUCAGGUAAACCAGCUCUAAACUAGCUCCUGGUCAGAUUAUGUUAAAUGAAGCUCAGAUUAAAGUCUAAUAGAUGCAUCAAGAAUCUCAGACUUCUGGUCAUUGUGCAAUUCAUACUGGGAAGGAUUUUCCAAAAAAGUGAGCAUCAAACCUCCAUGUUUGUUUUCCCAGUGGGAUGUGUCUAUUGUCAAAGUUGAUCUUUUCAAGUCUUUUUGAACCAUAUCACUUUUGUUUCUGGUUCUGAUAUUGUCAUAUUUUAGUUUUGGGAUUCGAACAUUGUAGUUGUGUGGUUGUUUGAUCCUAACAGCAGAAAACGACUCAAGAAAUUUGUUUGUGAUCUCCAUAAAUGCAAAAGUGAAUCAGAUGUGUGUGACUGCAACCUCUUUUCAAACUGUUUCUCUUCCCAAAGUAUGGAGUAAGAAAGCUGUCAAAAAUAUUCGUGCGCAUAAAAUAGAAAUCCGUGCGUAU